CUGUCGGGAGGGGCUGUUCCGCGAGGCCCUUGUUGCCGGUGGGGGUUGGGCGGCCCGAUGGCGACGUUCUUCGGGGAGGUGGUGGCGGCGCCGUCCCGGGCGGGGGUGGACGAGGAGGAGGAGGUGGCGGGGGAGCGCGAGGAGACGCCCGAGGACCGCGAGAUCCGCAGGGAGCUGGAGAAGAAAAGGGAGGUCCACAUCCUUUGGAGUUCAAAGUUAAGUGCAUCUACUGGAAGCUUUACAGAUGAGCAGUUUCCUUGCUCUAAGUUUAUAUUGGCGAUAGGACAUAAUUCUGUAGCUUUCCUGUCCUCAUUUGUUCUGAAUUCUGGAUGCUGGGAAGCAGCUGGCUCUGUCAAAUUGUGGAACGAGUGGUGCAGAACAUCAAAUACAACAAGUGUUCUUCCAACAGAUGCUUUCUGUUUGUUCUACAAAUUAAUAUCUGAUCCAACAGUAUUGUUGUGCCAGUGCAAUUGCUAUGUGGCUGAAGAUCAGCAAUAUCAAUGGCUUGAAAAGGUUUUUGGCUGUAUGCGGGAGGAGGAUCUGCAAGUAACCAUUCUUUCAACAUGUCCUCUAACUGAUUAUAAAACCCCUGAAUCCACUUUAACGCUUCCUUCUCCUUUUCUGAAAGCUUUAAAGACAAAAGACUUCAAAGAGACCACCUGUUGUCCACUGCUGGAGCAGCCAAAUAUUGUACAGGGUCUCCCUGCUGCUGUUCUGAGUUAUUGUCAAGUAUGGCAGAUUCCUGCAGUGCUGUAUCAGUGUUACACGGAUGUCAUCAAACUGGACACUGUUACAAUUGAAGCAUUCAAGCCUGUGCUUUCUUCUAAGAAUCUAAAGAGUUUAGUCAAGGAUAUGUCCAAAAGUGCAGAGAUACUGAAGAAAUUAGUGACAACCAAUGAAAUUCAUAAUAACAUCUAUACAUAAAGAUAAAGUGGACACUUAUCACCAACCAGUACAUUCAAGUCUGAUGUGUGCUUUGUCAACUCCAAUUGCUUAUUUGAAGAUAUUUUGGAAUUCUAGCUGCUUCUUUAAAAGUGGAAUAAAUCCUAAUAGUUUUUUUUAUAUUUUGAGGUACUCUUUAUUUGCACUUUUUUCAAUGCCUAGAGUGACUUAACACAUGUCAAAUUUUCUUCCUUCAUUAGAUGGGAGUAUAUUUUUAACAGUUUAUUAACUCAAAGAAGAUGCACAUUUUUCCCUUAAGUGGAUUGAAUGACUUGUUUUAAAUAUACACAUGCUAUAUUCAAAACAGAAAAGUAGGUUUAAUAUCUAAUGAUGUCAUACUUUGUUACAUUUAUUUUGAGUUGUCUUAAAAAUCUAUGUGGGUGAUCUGAAUAAAGAUACUCAGAAGUUUUCAAAUUUUAUAUACAAAAUAUUUAUAUGUUAAAAAUAUCAUGGUAAAGACAUAUUGGAAACUUACUAAUGCAAAUGAUGGAAUCCUGAAUUGUAUUUUUACACGUAAUUCCGUGUUCCCACCCCUUCUGCUUGUCAGCUAUUUGGAAGCAGGUGAAAUACGUGACUCCAUUUUUACUUCACUUUGGAACUUGCCUCAAUAUUUUAGCCGGCUUUCUCUUACAUAAAGAGAAAUUAUACUUUAUGGUAGUCAGAAAUUUUGCAGGCCAAAACUGUUCCAAUAAGAUUUUAAUCUUAACAGCACCUAGCAUGACGUGGUCCACGACUCUUGGGUACUGCACUAAUACAAAUAAGAAAUAAUAAUCAAAAUUGACUUUAAUAUUAAAAGUCUGUCUACAUCCAUACAAUAAAAAUUUGCUUCAACCACUUUAAAUGAGUUGACAAAGGAGUAGUAAGAACAACAGUCACCUUUAUGCUGAAUAGGAAAUUUUCAAAGAGAAGCAAAUAGUUUAAAUGUUCAGUAUUUAAAGUUAAAAUGAUUUUAGAAGUUAAUAUUUUAAGACCCUAUGGUUUAUAAUGUUCUGACUGUUUUUAAAAUUAAAUAUCGGAAUUGGCAUAAAGUUGCAGUAUAUUAACUGUAUAUUGUCCCUGACAAUGUAUUCAAGAUCAUAAUUGCAAAUGUGGCAUGAAGAGUUAAUAUUCUGUUGUAGCCAACUGCAUCAGAGUGCUGUUACUACAAUGAAUACUUUAAAAUGUAUUUGGGUCAUUUUACAGGAAAGAAAGAUUACUUUGAAUCUACUGUGGCUUAGAUCGUUCUCAGCAUAGUCAGUUUGAUUAUUUUUUUUUUGUGAAAGCUCACUGGAAUAUUUGUAACAGUAUAGUUGGGUGUCUUAACUGCAUUAUUUUGCCUGGUUCUGAAAUUUCUGACUCCUUUUAUAUUGUGCUAGAAUCUCAACUGCCCCUGCUAUAUUUGGCUUAUAGUGUGAUAAUUGAUGCAGGUGAGACCAAGUCUUCAGCAAAUUUUAUUAGUGUAAAGCCUCUCAUCAUUGGGUACUUUCAUUUAAAGUACUGUUAAUAUAGUAAGAGUUUAGAGCUCAGGAAAACAAGUGUCCACCACUAUAUAAGUGGUAUAUUUUGAAACAUACAAGCAAGGAGAACUUUUUUCUUUUUACUUCUAAACCAGAUUUUACUUAGUUUGAAGAAAACCUGUUUCUACGGUUGCUUUGUAGGUCUGAUCUGAGAUGAAAAUAUUUUUGCCAUGAAAGGAUUGUUCAUUGGCUACCCCAGUUGCUUGCUUAUACAUUUCAAAUGUGAAUAUUUGUUUAUUGUAAAUUGAAGAUUACAGAGGAAAAACUUGAAUAAAUAACAAUACUUGUAAACUUUUA